UAAUCUCUGCUAUGACAAACACAAGCACAUGACAUGAUGGAGAGGGAGUGUGUCUUUUUUCUGACCUUGGAGAACAGAAAGCAAGAGAGAAAAACUGUGAGAGAAACCCAGCAAAUGUUCACUGUUUUUGUGUCGCAAGCGGAGGAGAAUUAGAAAGACUGAGAGACAACAGUGGUGGAGCAGAGACUGGCUUCAGGCCCAGUUACACAAGCGCCAAAGGAAAGGUUCUUACAGCAAUGCAGAGCAACGUGUUUUCUUCGUUUAUACACUCCCCUUGGAGGAUUUUUUCUUUGUAAAGCGGUGACAGUGCAGAGAGGAGGGGCCACCGCCUGCCUGCUUUGCCUGGUCACGUGACACAUUCCCCUUCCAGUAACCACGGCAACCAGCACUGGUCCAGCCUGUAUCUCGCUGCUGUGUGAAGAGGAGGAAGAGAGAAAGAAAGGAGAGGAGAGAAAGCCCAAAAUAAACACACACUCUUCCCAGCGGCUGUCAGAAAUCGCAGGUGAAAAUGUCCUAUGGAGGAAGUUGAAUCUCAAACAGACAGACUCUGAGUGAGCUGGGCGGGGCCUGUCCCAUAAUCCCCGCUUGUCGGGUCAAGGGAACAUGGGAGAUGGAGGCGUCAAUGCGGUGGGAGAAGGGGUGAAUCAGUCCCAUAUGCUUUUUGACCGCUUCGUCCAGGCCACCACCUGCAAAGGCACUCUCAAGGCUUUUCAAGAGCUCUGUGACUUCCUGGAACUCAAGCCCAAUGAAUACCGCGUGUUCUACCACAAACUCAAGUCCAAGCUCAACUACUGGAAAGCCAAAGCUCUCUGGGCCAAAUUAGACAAGCGCGCCAGCCACAAAGAAUACAAAAAAGGAAGGGCCUGUGCCAACACUAAGUGUCUGAUAAUUGGAGCUGGACCAUGUGGUUUACGUACAGCCAUAGAGCUGGGUUUCCUCGGGGCCAAGGUGGUUUUAUUGGAGAAGAGAGAUGCGUUCUCUCGAAACAAUGUGCUCCAUCUUUGGCCCUUCACCAUUCAGGAUCUGAGGGGUCUUGGAGCCAAGAAGUUCUACGGCAAAUUUUGUGCUGGAGCCAUCGACCAUAUCAGUAUUCGUCAGUUGCAGUUGAUGCUCUUGAAGGUCGCUCUUCUCCUCGGCAUCGAGAUUCAUGUCAACGUGGAGUUCAAAGGCCUCAUUGAGCCACCAGAAGACCAAGAGAAUGAGAGAAUUGGGUGGAGAGCCGAGGUCCACCCCAGAACACAUCCAGUCAAUGAACUAGAGUUUGAUGUCAUAAUUGGGGCUGAUGGGAGGAGAAACACACUGUCAGGGUUCCGGAGAAAGGAGUUCAGGGGCAAACUGGCUAUUGCCAUUACAGCAAACUUCAUUAACCGCAACACGACCGCAGAAGCAAAGGUGGAGGAGAUCAGCGGAGUAGCCUUCAUCUUCAACCAAAAGUUCUUCCAGGACCUCAGAGAAGCCACAGGAAUUGACCUGGAAAACAUUGUCUACUAUAAGGAUGACACCCACUACUUUGUAAUGACUGCCAAAAAGCAGAGCUUGCUGGAAAAGGGCGUCAUUCUACAUGACUAUGCUGACACAGAAAUGCUGCUCUCCAGAGCCAAUGUUGACCAGAAGGCUUUACUCUCUUACGCCAGAGAGGCAGCAGAUUUUUCCACCAAUCAUCAGCUUCCUAAGCUAGACUUCGCCAUCAACCACUACGGUCAACCUGACGUCGCCAUGUUUGACUUCACCUGUAUGUACGCCUCAGAGAAUGCAGCGCUCGUCCGCCAGCGCAACGGCCAUAAGCUGCUAGUAGCUCUUGUGGGAGACAGUCUUCUAGAGCCAUUCUGGCCGAUGGGCACUGGAAUAGCUCGAGGUUUCUUGGCAGCCAUGGACUCAGCAUGGAUGGUGCGCAGCUGGGCUCAUGGAAGCUCUCCUCUGGAGGUGCUGGCUGAACGGGAAAGUAUCUAUCGACUGCUGCCUCAGACGACACCAGAGAAUGUGAGUAAGAACUUCAGCCAAUACAGCGUGGACCCAACAACACGAUACCCCAACAUCAGCCUUCAUCAAGUGAGACCCAACCAGGUACGGCAUCUGUUGGACACCGGAGAAACCAGGGAUUUGCGUGUGGACUUGGAGAAUGUGGUCAACUCUUCAACUCCUAAACUCACAAGAAAUGAAAUUCUGCUUGAGAAGCAAUUGCAAGAGUCCAUCGUGCGCUCCAGUAAGCUGCUGAACUGGUGUCAGAGGCAGACGGAAGGCUACCGAGGUGUCAGCGUGUCUGAUCUCACCACGUCCUGGAAGAGUGGUUUGGCCCUGUGCGCGCUCAUCCACAGAUACAGACCAGACCUCAUUGACUUUGAAUCACUGGACGAGAAAGACGUGGAGAAGAACAACCAGCUGGCUUUCGACGUGGCUGAAAGAGAGUUUGGGAUUUCUCCCAUCAUGACCGGGAAGGAGAUGUCUGUUGUGGUGGAGCCAGAUAAGCUCUCCAUGGUGAUGUACCUCAGUCAGUUCUACGAGAUGUUCAAGGACACGGUGCCACCUGGUGAAAACCAGAAUCUGAGCCCUGAGGAGAAGGCCGCACUGAUCGCCAGCACUAAAUCACCCAUCUCAUUCCUUAGUAAGCUAGGUCAAAGCAUCGCAAUCUCCCGCAAAAGAAACCCCAAGGAUAAAAAAGAAAAGGAGCUGGAUGGACUAGGGAAAAGACGAAAGACGAGCCAGGCUGGACAAUCGGAGGACGAGGAGCUGCAGAGGGCUAAUCGAGACGACAGGCCAUCUAUAGCCACAGCUCUGGCAGAACGUAAGAUCGACUCCGCUGCAGCAGCCAACAAUAACAACAAAGUGAAGUCGAUGGCCACGCAGCUGCUGGCCAAGUUUGAGGAGAACGCGCCGACACAGUCCACUGGGCUCAAACGACAGGGAGACUCUAUGCCCGAUCUGGGCCUCAUACUGACCCCUUCUCCAGCCGCUGCUCCUCUGAACGAGUCAGUUCGUCUGGCUCCAGUGCCUGCAUGGAGGAAGAGGCGCACACAGUUACAGGAGCAGAUGAGUUUCCGCUAUAAAGAAAAACUCAAGUGUCAAACUCUCCCCAUCACACAGGAGCAGGCCAGCAGUGGGACUGAGGUCUUGAGGAGCUGCCCUAAGAAAACCAUUCUUCUUUCUUCUUCCUCACCCUCAUCUUCCUCAUUCUCUUCAUCGUUUCCUCCACAUGCACAGUCAGUGAUACACAAGUGUAAUGGUGUUGGUGAUGGAGAGAACAGAUUCCAGGACCUUUCAGUCUGUUACUGGGAAGAUAAUCUGCCUAAUGUGGACAAACCAGAACCCAUACAUAUUCGUAGCAUUCAAGAGCGAGCGGAGACUCUAGUGGCUAGAUUUAAAGGCAAGGCUGACAGGAAGGACAAGCCACAGGUUAUGAAAAAGCCAUCACGGUUCUUUAUUGAGCAGUGGUUUUUGACCCACGGCCUCAGUCCUGAUGAGCCCGUCUUCUCCUCUGACCCUCAGCAUCAUCAGCAAAAAGGGGUUUUGUGUCCUGACGAUCACGUGCCUUUACACAUCCCCAGCAUUCAGGAGAGAGCCGAGAGACUGGCCUCUCACUUUAAAGACAAACCGGCGAAGCCAAAGUCUAAGAAAAAGUCGUCACUGUUGUUGACAGAGCAGUGGUCCAGGGCUCGUGAUGUGAGCUCUGCUAGUCCUCUGCAUUCCCCCAGCUCUUUCCGGCAGCACUGUGUAAAGAUGUACACAGGGGGUGUGAGCUCAUUGGCUGAGCAAAUAGCCAAUCAGCUUCAGGCUAAGGACGACCCCAGACCCAUGCUUGAGAAAAGGGAUUUGGGUUCCUUUCGAAAGGAGUUCCCUCAGAACAUCGGUGGCAGCGAUGUGUGUUUCUUCUGCCGUAAACGGGUCUAUGUGAUGGAGCGUCUCAGCGCUGAAGGAAAGUUUUUCCAUCGCAGCUGCUUCAAGUGCGACUACUGCGGCACAACCCUCCGCCUGUCCUCAUAUGCCUUCGAUGUUGAAGACGGGAAGUUUUAUUGUAAACCACACUACUGCUACCGACUCUCUGGUGUGGCACAGAGAAAACGGCCUGCACCUGCUGCUGCUCCAGCAAACGCCAAGGAGCCCCAGGUGUUGGCGGUAUCCCCCAACACAGUGGACGCCCCAGGUCAAGCCAUAACCACUCAGACCCCUGCGGAGCGCCGGCCCUCAGAAACUGAGGUAAAUGGUGUCACGGAGCCCAGCGUGGCCAAACGUCUGAAAGGGACUCCGGAAAGGAUCGAGCUGGAGAACUAUCGUUUGUCAAUGAUGAGGGAGGAGGAGCUGGAGGAGGUGCCGGAGGAGACAUUGGCGGAGCACAACCUCAGCAGUGUGCUGGAUAAAGCCACCGACAUCGAGGAGGGAUCCAGCAGCUCUGAGUCUGACAUGGAGGAAGAGGAUGAAGAUGCAGAGGCGGCCGGUCCGUCUGAUCUGGGUGGAGUUCCCUGGAAGGAGGCAGUAGAGCUCCAUGCUAAGUUAAAGGGAGAAAGCGACCCAGGAGCUGACGAUGAUGGCCUUCAUGACGGUGAUGGAGAGAUGGACGAGGAUGAAGAAGAGGAGGAAGAUGAGGAAGAUGAAGAUGAGGAGGAAGAAGAGGAAUCGAGCGAAGCGGGAGACUAUUUCCCCUGGGAGAGGGAGCUUCAGUCAGGCCUUUGGCUGGAAAAUCUGGCAAAUGAAGAGGAUGUCAGUGUUUUUAAAGCUAGGAACCUGCAGAUCCAGCAAGCCAUUCAUCCAGUAGACCCUCUGGACAUCCAGAUGGAGAGCCAUCAGGCUGAGGGGGUGUUGGAGAUGCCCUCGGUGUCACCCUUAGGCUCACAGCCCUCGCUCAACACCCAGCUCACACAGCCCACCUCCUCCACAGCCCCCUCCCACAAAUCCGUACGUCACGAGGCUGUCAGAGCCUGGCUGGACUCGAUGUCUGGAGAGCCCUGUGAAGAGGACGAUGACCCUGAAGCUGAAGCAGGCAGUCCUGACUUUGAGCCAGGCACUGAAAUAGAUCAAGAGGACAUUCCCUCAGAUGCAGAGGCUGAAGCUCGUUCACGGUGCAUAGAUGAAGUGGUGACACUUCCAGUGGAUAAUGAUAAAACAGAAAGCCAGGGACAGGUUUUCAACACUGCAGAGAAAACGUCUGCAAAUCCAAGGGAGUUGAUUGUGGACGUUGUGCUGUCUCCAAUCCAAAAACCUGCUUUACCCAUUGAGGAGGUGCAUGAAGUUUCUCCUGUAGUACUAGUUAAAUCUCCUGGUGCACGUUUCUUCCCUGAGCCCUAUCUGCCUGAUAAAGUCAAGCAGAACAUUCCCCCGCCUCAGAGUCCUGAUGUUAAAACCCCUCAUUCUCCUGUAGCUCAAAUCAUUGCGCUGUCGCCCAUCUGUUCCCAGCCUGUUCCACAACCAGGCACAGCAUCUCCCAAAUCUCCAGUCCAACCACAGCCUUGUGCCUGUUCUCCAACAGGCAAUCCUUUGUCUCCGAUUUGUACCCAAUCGCAACCCUGCAAUGAGCCACCUUCACCCCUAUCCACAAGCUCCCCCGUCAGGACUCAACCAGUCCCAGCAGUAACUUCUACUCCUUUAGCUAAACCUGCUUCCGAGAAUAGGACUAAUGAACAUUUGAAAGAUUCAACUCCUGAGCUUAAGAAAACAGACCUCAUUGAGGAGUUCUGGUUGAAGAGUGCAGAGAUUAGAAAAAGUUUAGGGCUCACUCCCCUGGAACGAAGCAAAACUGCGGUGGAGAAGAGCAUUGUGAAAACUCCAACACCCGAAUCAUCAUCUCCUAAGUCUUAUACCCCAGAGGACUUGUCUGAGGAACAGAAGCCUACAUUUACGGGCCGUUCUAUCAUACGCAGGAUCAAUAUUACCUUGGAGGGUCAGGUUAUAUCUCCGGUGGAACCUAAAAGUAAUGGUUCAGAAAAGAAGGACUUAAGCAGCAGUUCAGGGUUGGGUCUAAACGGAAGUGUGACCACCAGUCAGACAGCUGCUAGCGACAGCUACAACAACUCUGAUUCUACAAUGCUUACCCCUCCUUCCAGUCCACCACCUCCUCCACCCAGGGAGGAACCUGCUUGUCUCCAAAACAAGAAGUCUCAGGUUUCCUGGGACAACCUCCUUGAAGGCACAGAAGAACCCAAAUCUGAGACCAUGCCCAUUAAGCCCAGGACUCCAGUUAGUCCCCCUCAACCAAAACAAAAACCAGUUACAGCUCCAGUGCCAACCCCUAGAACCAAUCCACCUGUUGUGAUGAGGGUUAAGGAGCCCAAUAAACCACGUCGAGAAGAAGUGAGAAAGUCUUUUGUUGAGUGUGUAGACGAGAUACCAUUUGCUGAUGAUGUUGAAGACACAUACGAUGACCGCACUCCAGAUGCAAGUGGUCUUGAAAAGUUUUACACACCGCCGACUAGCAAGGUCAACCGGGAUAAGCCGCCUCUCCACUUGGCACUGGCUAUGGAAAAUGGCAAGCCCAAUAUCCCUGGAGUUUCCCGAACAGCAAAGGGUUCCCAGCAUUUUUCUCCUGAAGCCAAGGAGAUCGCAGAGGAGCGAAUGAGGGCACGGGAAAAGUCUGUGAAGAGCCAAGCUCUUAAAGAUGCAAUGGCCAAGCAGCUUACAAAGAUGAAAGAUUCUGAGGUUGCCAAGGGGGCUGUAGCAAAAGUAGCCUGGGAUAUUCCUGAAACAAAAGGAAAAAGCAAAAAGCAAUCUAAAGCCCAGAAGGACUCUGCAGUGAAGGCCUUGGAGUCCAAAAAGCAAGCAGACACACUUCCAGACCGUUUCUUCUCUACACCAUCUAGUAAGGCCUUAGACAGCUCUGUCACAUCUUCAGAGAGCUCCACAGGGGGCAAAAGCAAGAAACGCAGCUCACUGUUUUCUCCACGCAAAAACAAAAAAGAAAAGAAAGCCAAAAAUGAAAGACUGUCCAGCACUGAAGAAACGCCGCCCAAGCACAAGUCCCUUUGGAAAGCAGUGUUCUCCGGCUACAAGAAGGACAAAAAGAAGAAAGAUGACAAGUCAUGCCCAAGUACACCCUCAAGCUCUACAACUGGAGACUCGGGGAAGAAGAAAGAUUCACCCCUGGACAGGUCCUCAGAUUUACGUCUGAGGAGAAAUCUAAGCUUUUCUGAGGACUCUGAUCUCUCCUGUGACGAUGUUCUGGAAAGAUCCUCUCAGAAGUCCAAGGGUGAUCGUCAUGUGGACCUGUUUGACUUGGUGUCAGAUUUGAAAAAAGAAGCCAUUAAAGAGGAGAAAGCAAAAGAGAAGGCUAAGGAUAGGGCAAAGGAAAGGGGAAGAGUUACUGAGAAGGGCAAGGAAAGGUCAAGAGAAAGGGAGAAUGAAAAAAGAGUCAAAGAAAAGAUGGUGAAAAUGAAAGAUGUGGAACGGGAGAAAGGAAAAGAGGAAGAGUCUGUUUAUGUACCUCAUGCAUUGGCGUUCAAGAGAUCAUAUGCCACAAAGAAGACAUACACGGAGGAGGAACUGAACGCCAAGCUGACAAGAAGAGUACAGAAAGCUGCACGGAGGCAGGCCAAGCAGGAGGAGCUCAAGAGACUUCACAGAGCUCAGAUGAUUCAGAGGCAGCUGGAGCAGGUGGAAGAGAAACAGAGGCAGUUAGAGGAGAGAGGCGUCGCGGUGGAAAAGGCACUGCGAGGCGAAGCAGGGUUGUAUAAAGGUUCUAGCGUUAGUCCAAAACAGCGUAAGAGACGCUCAGACUAUUGGGGAGAGUCUAAUUACAGUGAGAUCCUGGAUUUGCAUCUGGGCGUUGAGCCCUAUGUCGGGACCCCUCGCCGAAGAGCCCUGUACCUCUGCCCCUGCUGUGCCCCUGAAGGAAUGGGUAAAAAGGACGAUCCGAAGCUGAUGCAGGAAUGGUUUAAACUGGUCCAGGAGAAGAAUGCCUUGGUACGAUAUGAAUCCGAGCUGAUGAUAUUUGCUCGGGAGCUAGAGUUGGAGGACAGACAGAGUCGACUGCAACAGGAACUACGGGAACGCAUGGCAAUAGAUGAUCAUCUGAAGACAGAGGAGGAGCUGGCAGAGGAGAAGCAGAUUCUGAAUGAGAUGUUGGAGGUGGUGGAGCAGCGAGACUCUCUGGUGGCCCUGCUGGAGGAACAGAGACUCAGGGAGAAGGAAGAAGAUAAAGACCUGGAGGCGGUGAUGCUCUCCAAAGGAUUCAACCUCAACUGGGCUUAACAUAACAAUGUCCAAAAACCAUCUAACCCGCCAGCGCUUCACUACAGGGAGUACAAAAAAAAAUCUAAAUCUCAGAAAGAGUCGCUCUUGGUUUUAUUGGGCAUGUCAACAACGUUUACAAACCUAUUCAUGAGCUCGAUGGUGAUGUUUUUAUGAGGUUUCCUGGCACGACUCAGGGCGUUUUGUCCAAUCGGCAGCCAAGGCAAGGCGUUCUCCAUUUCGGAAAUAAGGAGAACAUAAAUUUUUAUUUAGUAAUUUCUGGGACAUAUCAAUCAAUCCUGCUGAUGUUGAGGAAGUCUGAGACUAAAUGACUCUACAUAUAAAGCCAGUCUUGUUUAUCAGAGAAUGUCUGGUCAAUCAACUGUUACGUUUUCAGUGACGAGCCGCUUUUUUUGGACUUCAUUUCCUUUUAAUGCGUUUUCUACAUUCACUACUGACUGGAAAACAAAAGUACAAGUGUUUUCUCUUCGAUCGCACUUCUAUCCUGUGUAAUAUAACACACUAUAUAGGCAUCAGACCUCCACGUGAUGGACUUUCUCUCGGCGAUUGACGCGCGUUUUGUUUGUAGCAUCGACAAUUGUAAAUGUUCGAAUCCAUCGGUAUCCACCUGAUAAUUCGAGAGAUUUGGUGAACGAUGGGAUCAAAAUGAUCUUGAUGUUACAUACUUGCUGAUGUCAGCUUCACAUAUAUCCUGAAAGACGGUUUACAAUCAUUUGUAAUCCAUAAAUAUUGGAUACUUGUACUAUAGUUUACAUAAACAGUGAAGUACAAAUACAUAGAGAUUCAUAUAUAAACCUCCAGAUUUCGUAAGAGUGUAUAUAUAUAUAUAUAUAUAUAUAUAUAUAUAUAUAUAUAUAUAUAUAUAUAUAUAUAUAUAUAUAUAUAUACACAUAUAAUAUACAGCCAGAUGUGUUAUGCAUUUUGUUGCUUGGUUGGUUAUGUGGUUUUAAAUUGUUAGUUCACCAAAAAAAUGUACAUAUGCUGUGGUUUUUUAAGACAUCGGUGUGUCAUCAGGAUCCAGGGAUAUUAAUAUAGUUUUGCCUAUAUAUAGUCUAUAUAAACUCUCAAAAUGCUAGUAGUCACUGACUACUGAUCACAAAAAUAUUCUUUGGUGCUUAACCUAAAGAGAUUAAGCUAAAGUUUAGUUCACCUAAAAACUAAAAUGUUAAUAAUUUACUCAACCUUUACUUGUUCCAAACCGCUUUUACCUUUUUUAAUGUUAAACACAAAAGUAGAUAUUUUGAAAAAUAUUAAAAACGGGUAACCAUUGACUUCUAUAGUAUUUUUUUUCCUAUUAUGGAUGGUUACCAGUUUCCAGCAUUCUUCAUAAUAUCUUGUGUUCAACAGAAAAAAAGAAACUCAUAAAGGUUUAGAAACGCUUGAGGGAUGAGUAAAUGGUGAGUAAAUUUUAUAUAUUUUGAAAAAUGUUGGAAACUGGUAACCAUUAACUUCUAUAGUAUUUUUCCCAAUUAUGCAUGGUUACGGUUUCCAGCUUUGUUCAAAGUAUCUUAUUCUGUGUUCAACAGAAAAAACAACAACCUCAUAAUGUUUUGGAACCACUUGAGGACGAGUAGAUGCUGAGUAAAUUGUAGAUAUUUUAAAAAAACUGGUAACCAUUGACUUCUGUAGUAUUUUUUUCUAUUAUGGAUGGUUACCAGUUUCCAGCAUUGUUCAAAGUAUCUUAUUUUGUGUUGAACAGAAAAAAAAACAGAAACUCAUAAUGGUUUGAAAGCACUUGAGGGAUGAGUAAAUUGUAGAUACUUUGAAAAGUGUUAGAAACUGGUAACCAUUGACUUUUAUAGUAUUUUUUUCCUACUAUGGAUGGUUAGAGGUUUCCAGCAUUCUUCAAAGUAUCUUAUUCUGUGUUCAACAGAGAAAAAAAAGUAACUCAUAAGGGUUUGGAACCACUUGAGGAUGAGUAGAUGGAGAGUAAAGUGUAGAUAUUUUGCAAAAUGUUGGAAACUGGAAACUAUUGACUUCCAUAGUAUUUUUUCCUAUUAUACAUGGUUACCAGUUUCCGGCAUUUUUCAUAGUGUCUUAUUCUGUAUUCAACAGAAAAAAACAGAAACUCAUAAUGGUUAAUGGUUUGUAACCACUUGAGGAUGAGUAGAUGGUAAGUAAUGUGUAGAUAUUUUGAAAACUGGUAACCAUUCACUCCUAUAGUAUUUUUUCCUAUUAUGGAUGCUUACCGGUUUCCAACAUUCUUCAAAACAUCUUAUUUUGUGUUUAACACAAUAAAACUGAAAAUCAAAGGUUUGAAAGCUCUUGAGGGAUGAGUAAAUGGUGAGUAAAUAGUAUAUUUUAUGUGAACUAUCCCUUAAAAAAAUGUAAAAUCCUCCCAAGUGGCCUGAAAUUGAGAAAAUGAACAGCAGAUUUACACUUUUUGGUGAACUUACAUUUUUAACGCACCCACAGGUUUUAACUUUUUUUAUUUAGUAUCAAAUCAGAUGGAGAUUUUGGCCAUUUUCACAUCUAAUUAUCUGCCAGCAGAUAAUUAAAACAGUUGUUUUUUGGUAGUGUGUGUAUUUUCCACUUUCUCCAGAUUUGCAGCGACAUGCCUUUCCUUAACUUUUCCUGCAACCGCUCUUCACAUCCACAGAGUUUACUUGUGUUGUUUAUAAUUGUCUUUUCUAAAGUUUUUUAUCACAUGAAAACGUUUCAGCACCUCAGACUGACACCAGUGCUGAUCAACAGCAGAAGCUUGUAGCCAUACUCGACUCAGAAACAUCGAUACUGCAAACAAACAUGCCUUCUUCCUAAGUGUACAUUUCAUUUUAGUCACCGUUGAGCUGUAUAGAUGGGCACAGAUUUGUUUUGUUUUUGUUUGGUUUACUUGUAAGUACAGAUAACUGUGAAUGAAACCGUACACAUGGUCAACAAUAGUUAUUUAGACUGUAAAAUGUUUGACAGAUUUUAUGGUAUUUAUUAACGUGUGAAAAUUGUAUAAUAUGUAAAGUAAAUGAAUCCUAAUUUUUAAAAAAUAUUGUUGGCUCUUGAAAAUGCUUCAUGUUGCUAAUUUGCAUAUACUGUAUAGGGUGUUGAAUGUAUGCAGAGGCAAUAAAACAAUGCAGUUGUUAAAAAAA